UGCAAGCUAAAAAAGAAUACAAAAACAAUCUGCUGCAGACUCGGCAAGAGAUCCAUUUUAUUCCAGCCAGAUCUACUGGAUCUCUGAAGAUCUCCCUGUAGACGGGAUCAAGCAAGGAGAGACAGAUUCCUCCCUUUGUUAAUCAUUUAUUCACUGCAGAUAUGGUGUCUCCUGUCACUGUGGUCAAGUGUGAAGGUCCAAAGCUUGUUCCAUUUCUCAAAGCCACCUGUGUUUAUUUUGUCUUGUGGUUGCCAACGUCAAGCCCGUCUUGGUUUAGUGCUCUCAUCAAGUGUCUGCCUAUUUUCUGUCUUUGGGUUUUCCUCUUAGCACAUGGGGUCAAUUUCCUAGUCAGCCAUCGCGGUGCCAAGAGGAUUUUUGCUGGUUUAAUAUUCUCAGCUGUCGGUGAUGCUUUCCUCAUUUGGCAAGAACAGGGAUACUUUGUACACGGUUUGCUAAUGUUUGCAAUCACUCACAUCCUCUACUCAUCUGCAUUCGGGAUGAAACCACUGGACCUAAAGACUGGAUUUGUGAUGGGACUGAUCUCCAGUAUUUUAUACUCCUUCUUGUACACCUACCUCUCUGGUCCAUUCACGUAUUUGGUCGCAGUGUACACAGCUCUGAUUGCAUUUAUGGGCUGGCGAGCUAUCGCCGGAGUACAACUCUGUAACGAUCUCUGGACAUGGACCAAACUUUCAGCCUGCAUUGGUUCUGUGCUGUUCAUAGUGUCUGACCUCGCAAUAGCGGUGAACAAGUUCUGCUUCCCUCUGCCCUGUUCUAGGGCAAUUAUAAUGGCCACUUACUAUGCGGCUCAGAUGCUCAUUGCCCUUUCAGCAGUGGAGUGCCGGGAUGAGGAGGACUACAACAAGAGGAAAUAGGUCAUAUGGACUUAAUCUGAUAUGUGGGUACAUUUUCUCAAGGGAUAUUUUUGUCUCCUUUGAAUUGAUUGUGAUUCGCUUCCCCGAAGCAAUAUCUUGUCCGCUUAGCUGGUGCUCCUUUUGCUUCGAAAGAAAUGAAGCAAUUCAGUUAAAGAAAAGUAAUUUACCACUUGCUUUUUUAAGAGGCUGGCUCCUUUUGAGGCUUUCCUGUAUAGUGUACUGUAUAUAAUGCAAAGCUUAUAGCAUGUAUUAUGUGUAUAAAUGGGCACAAAUAAGUAGCAAAAAUGUUACCAGAUAUUACAAAACCUUAUACUGAGAUCUAAACUGUAUUAUAAAUUAUAUUUGAUAUCUACUGCUUCAUAUUUAGAUCUCUGCCAACUACAAUAGCUUAAGGAAAAUCCCUGAAUGGUAUAUGAGUUUCCUGUUAAGCUUACACAAUGUAUUAAGACAUAUCAAUGUUCUGUGAGAAACCUAUGUGUCAUAUGGUACCAGGGUACAACAUGAGGCAUUACUGAUUCAGAGUAUCUGGACUCAUAGCUAAUAAUGAUACAUUUUGUGUAUAGGUCAGAUACUACUUAGUGAAUGACUGAUAUGUAGCACAUUUUGAGUUUAUGAGUCUGCAUUUUGAAAGAAUUGUUAUAUUGUAACAAUGCAUAUGGUCUUGAAUUUCUGAUAUAUUCAAUUUUUGGACUUUAUAUAUAAAUAUAUUUAACCACUUGGCUAUAUAGGUCUUGUUAAUCAAGGCCAGGAUUUUACUGUAUUUUCUUAAUUGUUAUGGAACGUUACUGAAGGUCUACUUUUUAUAUUAGACAACUGCUGUGCAUUACUUUAAUAAGUCUCAGCGCUAGAAGCCCUGAUAUAAAUGAUUCCCACUUGCUAGACACCAACCCAGCAUCUCAUGAGACGAGGCAGGAGAUUGCUUAAAAUAUAUGGUCUUGUGUUACAUACAAGGCACUUACUCAUUAUUUUUGUGUUAGCAUUUUGUUGACCAAAACCCAUAUUACAUAUUCUUCUGUAAACCACAAAAACUCAGACAUAUUUAUUUACAUGUCUAUAUAACUACAUGAAGAAAUCAGCAAUUUUUAAUAAAUUUGAACAGUCCUGACUUCGGACCCCUUCUAUAGACAUCUUGAAACAGAAGUCACUAUUUCAUGCAGUUUACUUUUUUUUUAGAUUGAGCCUCAAUCUAAAACACUAAAUCCCACCCAGGCUGGUCAUACCUGCUUCAGGCUGCUUAAUCCCUGCCCAUGAGCUGCUUAAACCACACCCAGGAGUCCUUAUUCAUUACAAAAUGUUGUGAAGUGUGCAAACCGGUCCCUGGGGAAAUCUUGUAGUUUAGGACUUUGUCUACAUAAACACUGUUUAAAAUCACAUGCUCAGGUUUUGAGAUAUGAUCCUUUAUGCUGCUAUUUACCUGCUUAGCUCAUUGCUCAUUUACAUCUGGCAUCUAAAGGGCGACAGCAAAGGAUAAGCAUUCACAAAAUAGCAAAAUUCAUCAAAUGCUUCAUGGAAAAUGAAUUUUAUGCAUAUUUUAUGUAAUUGCAGUGCAUAACGACUGAUGUAUAAUAUGCAUAAAACGGAGUGUAAACUCCCUAUAAGAACUUUUGUAUUUUUGUAAAUAGUAAUUCAUUAACACAAUUAAAGUUUGUUUUGCAUUCAGAAUAUAUUUCUUUGCUUCAUAUACUAGAAGUAUCCUCUACACUUUUUCUAUGUAAUAAUCUAUUAUAUUAGCAGAUUACUGUUUUUGCAGAUGUAGUUGACUUCAUAUGUCAGAAGGGUGUAAAGGACAGUAAGCACUAAAUGCAUCUCUAUGCUACACUGCAAGUAUUAUUUGCAAACACGUCAACACAUUUCAUCAUGGGGGCACAGAGGGAGGUGGGGAACAGCCUCAGUUAUAUGCUUAUAAAAUGUGUUUGAUGUCCCUAUAACAACGCUGUAAAAAUGAGAAGGAGGUCUAAAAGAAUUUCUUUCUAUACAGCCUGAAAUAAAUCUAUAUCAUCAUUCUAAA